AUGGAAAGACGGAUAAAGCUGAAAACAUUGAACGAACACAUCACGUGCGAAAUUUGCAGAGGCUAUUUCAUCGAUGCAACCACCGUAACUGAGUGUUUACAUACGUUUUGCAAAAGCUGCCUAGUGAAACACUUAGAGGAGAACAAUACCUGCCCAACGUGUGAAAAUGUUAUCCACCAGUCGCAUCCGUUGCAGUACAUCAGCUUCGACCGCACGAUGCAGGACAUUGUGUACAAGCUGGUGCCGAACCUUAUGGACAAUGAAAUGCAACGGGAGCGGGAGUUUUACAAAACACGGAACCUGCCUUGUCCGAAAGAUAUGCCCCAGGUGCACGACAGUGACGAUAAGGCGAACGAGCAGGCGCACCAGGAAGCGGACUACCAUCGGCAGGACGAGCAGGUUAAUGUGUGCCUCGAAUGUAUCAAUGACAAGCUGCGCAACCUGAAGCGAAGGUUCAUUCGGUGUAGUUCGCAGGCCACGAUAACGCACCUGAAGAAAUUCCUCGCGAAAAAAGUACUGAACGGUAUCGACCGAUAUAAAGAUAUCGACAUCCUGUGCAAUGACGAGCUGCUGGGAAAGGACCACACGUUAAAGUUCGUGUACGUCACGCGGUGGCGCUUUAAAGACCCACCGCUCAAAUUACAAUAUCGACCACGGGUUGACCUUUAA